AUGGCUUCAGAGAUGCUCGGCACUCCUUCGGUUCGUCCGGUACCCAAUUUCAACGCCAAUCAAGAUGCGGAAACUCUUCGAAAAGCCAUGAAAGGCCUCGGUUGCAACAACUCGAAGGUUAUCAGUGUACUGUGUGGUCGAACAAAUUGGCAGAGGCAGGAAAUUGCCAAGGCAUUCAAAGUGAUGUAUGGAAAGGAUCUUAUAAGGGAUCUCAAAUCAGAACUGAGUGGCGAUUUUGAAGAUCUUAUCCUAGCUCUCAUGGAACCUACAGCUGUCUAUGAUGCUAAACAAUUACACAAGGCUAUGCAGGGUCUCGGAACGAAAGAAUCGGUAUUGAUCGAGAUUAUGACGUCACGAACAAAUUCACAAAUCGCUGAAAUUCGCAACGUCUAUCAGCAACUUUACCGCACCUCUUUGGAAAGUGACCUCAUCGGUGAUACCAGUGGAUGCUUCCAGCGUCUGCUCGUGUCCUUGUGCGCCGGUGGCAGAGAUGAGUCUAACCGUACGGAUCCAUUGAGAGCAAACCAGGAUGCAAGGAAACUGUACAGUGCCGGUGAACGUCGUCUUGGUACCGAUGAGAGUUGUUUCAAUGCGAUCCUUGCUAGUAAUAACUUCAACCAACUUCGACUGAUUUUCGACGAAUAUCAGAAGGUCACAAACCAUUCCAUCGAGAAAGCGAUUGAAGCAGAGUUCUCCGGUGAUGUCAAGGAUGGCCUGCUUGCAGUGAUUGCCGUCGCCCGUAACAGGCCGGCAUAUUUCGCCAAACUGCUCUAUGAGAGCAUGAAGGGAUUCGGUACCAGAGACAGCGAUCUGAUUCGAUUGGUUGUCACUCGCUGUGAAUAUGAUAUGGUUGACAUCCGAUCAGCUUUCCAGGCCAUGUACAAGACGACUUUGGAGAAUAUGAUCAAAGGCGAUUGCUCUGGCUCGUAUAAAGACGGUCUCAUCGCUCUGGUUACUGGAAAUGCCAAUGCCCACUAA